CAACAAAACUCUCCGGGGUGAAUCGUUGGUUUGGGGUUGCUGCCAGUUUUUAGGUAUCCACUGUGACUAAUUCAUAAAAAAAUUUUGUUAAGGUUUCUGGUAUUCUGAAGUCAGUUAAUGAGAGUCGUUCAGAGCUAGUUGUCACAGACGUUAGUGCCCCCUUAAAACAUGGCAGUGCCGUUCUCAAACACUCACCUGCGGGUCCCGCGAGGAUUUGGUACCAUUCUAGAGGGACUGACCCGAGAAGUCCUACGAGACCAGCCUGAAGACAUCCCCAAAUAUGCCGCGCAGUACUUCGAAGCUCUUCUCAAAGAAAGAGAAGAGAGUGGCAUGGACCCUGCCGAGUGGGCUGCUAAACUGGAAGAUAGAUUCUACAACAACCAUGCGUUCAAGAACACUGAGGAGGAGUGCAGCCAGUCCCAGAAGGACGAGGAAAUUGUGGACAUCAUGGACAUCCCCCUGGAUGAUCACGAGGCCAACAGGGCUGCUGCCAAAAUUCAGGCAGGCUUUCGUGGCCACAGGAAUCGUAAGAAGCUGAAACCAGAGGACAAAGAAGAAGGAGAGAAGGAGGAGUGCAGCCAGCCCCAGAAGGAAGAGGACAUCGUGGGCAUCAUGGACAUCCCUUUGGAUGAUCCUGAGGCCAACAGGGCUGCUGCCAAAAUUCAGGCUGGCUUUCGUGACCACAUGAAUCGUAAGAAGCUGAAACCAGAGGGCAAAAUAGAAGAGGAAAAGGAGGAGGGCAGCCAGCCCCAGAAAGAGGAGAACAUUGUGGACAUAAUGAACAUCCCCCUGGAUGACCCUGAGGCUAACAGGGCUGCUGCUAAAAUUCAGGCUGGCUUUCGUGGCCACAUGGAUCGUAAGAAGCUGAAACCAGAGGACAAAAUAGAAGAGGAAAAGACUAACACUUCAAAAGAAACAGCAACAGAGGUGACCGUUUCCAAAGAAAAAUCAUUUGAGUCCCGUAUUGAAGACAAAUCAAGUCGUUCAGAUGAAAUCUCGCACCCUAAUGUUUCAGAAAAGACUGAAAACACAGGCAGUGAAGAGUCAGUCUACAGGUUCCCAACUGCAGCUGCACAGUCAGAGGAACCGAGUGGCACAGACAAGCACAGCAAUCCAGCAGUAACUGUAUUUGAUCAAGUUGACAGGGCGGCUAAUGAAACGGAUAGCAUCCCUGUUCCAGACCAAAAUAUACCUCACUCAGAGUUAGAGCCCACUGACUUGUCAUCAUUCAGGGGGCUGUCAAAUGUGGAUGUGUGUGCUCUGGAGUUAAGAGCAUCAGAAGAUGAGGAAGGUAACAAACGUGGACCGGCAGUUGCACACGAGGAGCUUGUCGAUUCAGGAGAAGAGGAAAAUACUGAAGUUGUAGAGCCAGUGGAAGUCAAUCAGUAUUCUGGCCUAGCUGAUGUGGAUGUGUGCGCUACAGAGCUUGAAGGAACAGAGGGAACAAUGAAAGGAGCAACUGCUGAGAAUGUUACACAUGUUACUGAAGAAAAUCUAAAACACCAGCCGGAGGACAUUCUUGUAAAAUCGUCAGUGGCUCAAGCUGAAAUCACUGAGAACAACCGAGAACAAGCAGAGGAUCAGCCAGACAAAGCAAAAGAGGAAAGAACAGAGACUGAAGCUUAUUCUGGGGAGACUCAUGAAAGUUUAGCUCAUAGCAGGGGUAGCUUAGAUGGUAAUGUUAUUCCAAAGGAGGAUUCUUUGGUUGAAAUUAGCUUUGAAGAUGUUCCAGAAGCUCAGCAGAUUAGUGAGGCUGCGGGGAAACAGCCAGAGGAACAGAGUUCAAUAGAUGCCUUACAGAUGGACGUAUUAGAAAUACGAGAGAAGGAAGAGUCAGAGGAUCUUACUGCAAUUACAACUGGCCACUAUGUUGCUGAUACACAAGACGGCCAUAAACAUGAAGCUGAAAAGGGAGUUAACAGGGCCAAAUGGACAGAUGACCUCAAUUUAAGUGAUGAUGAUGAUGAAAAGGAAAAAGGUGAAGACACCAGCUCAUUAAAUCAGCAUAGCACAGAGGCAGAAAAAGAGAACCAAGAGUAUGAAACCAAUCCUGCAAUUGAAAAUAAUGAGCAGCUAAGUGAGGCCAUAUUUCUCAAGAGUGAAGAUUCAGAAAAAGAGAGAGAUGACCCUGAUUUCAAAGAAGGUCACAUGACAGAUGUGGUUGGAGGAGAUAUCGAAGAAACUCACAAGAAGGUUUACAGUAAGACAAGGGAUCAGGAAAUUAAUGAUGGUGGGGCGGAAAAUAAUUCAUCACAAGUAACCCAGUCAAAUACAUCAAUGGCUAGAAUGGGGGCAGAGAGAGAAGUCUUUGAGGAGAGAGCGCAACAUCAACCGGAGGAGAACGAGGAGAGUCAGAGAACACUUGUAUGGUCGCAGCCAGAGGACACAGUGGAAGAAAAAGAGGUCACAUCAAAGGAAGGAGAGGAACUUGGAGAGGGGAUGACUGACUCUGAAAUACAAGAGAAAAGUGCCACGAUGCAUGAGGAGGAGAACAUCACGCUCCCUCACAGUGCAGAUUGGGCUGCUGAUGUCCACCAAGGAGAAGAAGGGCUACCUGAGGACACCACAGUGGAAGAGAGUACUGACAAGAAAUUCGGGCACAGAAGUCAUAGCAGGUCAUCUCACCUGAAGACUGAACUCAUCUCUGAGAGUAAGAAAUGGACUGUCAUAACGAGGAGUGCAGCCGGCCCCAGGAGGAGGAGGACAUCAUGGACAUCCCCCUGGAUGAUCCUGAGGCCAACAGGGCUGCUGCCAAGAUUCAGGCUGGCUUUCGUGGCCACAUGACUCGCAAGAAGCUGAAGCCAGAGGACAAAACAGAAGGGGAGGAGAGACAGGAAGAUCGGGGGCAGUAGAGAGAGACGACACAUCUGUGCCAGAGCAGUGACACCCCUGUCCCGACCUGGAUGAAGAGAAAGAGGCAAAGCAAGGUAGUGAGAGACAGCCGGCAUAUGCUGGCUAGGCUGGCUUUCAGGCAGACCUUUUUACCCCAGGAGUCUUUUUUUCAACACAAAUUAGCAGUAGAAAAUGAACAGUUUUGAGGGUGUGUUAUGUGAAUCUUUUUUUUCUUCUCUUUUUUUUGUGAACUUUAACACUCCUUCUCUGCUUCUUCAGCAGCCUCAUCAGUACGGAUGUCUUUGACCCAGAAUUUGCAACUCACUGCAUGUACUUGUGAAACUUCUGGUAGUGUGCUAGUUUUUAGACGAUGAUCUGUGAAAGUGAAAAUGAAUGUCCUCUAAAUGCUAAACAGAGCUUUUUUUUCCCCUUUCUUUCUUUCUUUUUUUGGAUGGAUCACUUCAUAUGCUCUGUGUGUAAACCUCGUACGCAUCACGUUGGGUGAUUAGUGGCUUAAAAAGACUUCUUAUUUUGCAUUGUUUCCUGAUGUGCUUGUAUCUUGACAGUUAUUGACCUAUUUGACUUGCUUACAAGACUGAUUAAAACAUCAAAAGAAAAGUAGCUAUGUAUGUUCUAUUUGUUUAUCUUUUUGGUCACAUGGUUAGUGAAAUUGAUCUUUCCACAUUUCCAAGCAUUUUCUAUAAAUCUGAUCUUCCAGAACAGUACGCAUGCAGUAAUUUACACUCCUCUUUAUUUGUUUCUCCAGAUGCAUUUGGUACAGCUUUAAAUAAUAACACACUGGUUCAGUAUGCUCUGUUGUUGUGUUGGUGGGUUUUACUUGUUUGACUUCUGUUAAAUCGGGUGUGUAGAAAUCCAUUGUCACUGUGUGCAGAGGUUUCAUGCUUAAAAAAAAACAACAAAAAAAACCUGAAUAGUACCUUGCUGAACUUCGGUGUAGAGACGUGGCAUUACACUAAUAAAUCCACCUUAAAUAUUCA